CAUUGCUUCCCCUGACUUCAGAGUUCCUUUGCAAAGCGCUGGUAGGUAGCCUCCGCUUUCUUGAGGUACCUAUUCGACAUGGCGCCUCUCCCAGCAAUGGAGUCCCCAGGCUCCUUUCUGUCACUUCGGUAAGAGCCAGCCUUUCUCUCUUUCUUCAAACCAGCUCGAAGGAGAUCCGGACGGAUUUGCCCUGGCAUUGUCGGUCCACCGUUUCCAGAAGGUCCGCAAGAUUCAGACAGUCAACUCUAACAAUCUGCAGAUCAUGGAUAGGUGCAGCGCCUGCGCAGUGGGGCUACAGACCCUGACGGAUCCCAAAUGCUUCCUAGGCAUGAAAGCAAGUCAAGCAGGUCACCCCAACUUCCACAAUGCAACGCAUCGCACCUGUCGCGGGCUAUGUAACCCUCCUCCUUCAUCCAGCGUCAGGCGUUCUUGCUUCCGGAAAGAGACUCGGUCACAGAAGCGGGGUCGCCUUACGGUGGCCACAUUAGCAUUGGACAGAGAACAGGUCACAGACGUCGUCGCCAACUCGGAAAGAGCAGAGAGCAGACUCACAGAAAAGCCGCGAGCGGUGGUACGCGAUAAGCGGCAAAGAAACAGGACGGGACGUUUGGUUGACGGUCCCGAGGGAAGGAACAGCGGCAGCGCUGAUCUGCAGAAUGUAGUGUCAAGUGACCCCUUUUUGGGCCCUGGAGGGCUUGAAUUUAAAGUCCCCUCUGCUCGCCACGAAAGCUCGGGUCUGGCCAGCACGUCUGGGAGCAAUGGAGUGCCUUCGAGCAGGCGAAGAGGAUCAAACAAUGGGCGCGCUCUAAGGGAAGGGUAUCAUAGAAGCGGAAAGGAGGUCCCUCCUAACAGCAGCAAUGUGGCGGAUGAGCUGGGGCUGAAGGGUAGCAGUAUGAAUGGGGCCAGGGGUGGUGACGUGAUUGGGGCCAGGAAAAGCGUACUUCGGCGGCGAGCUUUUGCAGAGGUUGAACCGUUGCAGGAUGAGGCUCUUCGGAGAGCAGUUGACGAGGCAUUUCCACUAGCUGACAUCACAAGUUCUGCCGACGGACACCUACUCCCCUUACAAAACUUAGUUAACGGCGUAGUUAACGUUAACCCCGAGCCUUCGAUAGACCCUUCCCUCCUUCUUGACGCCCUGACACAGCCCCCCAGCAUCCUGCGAGAGAUCGCUGCGAAGGGGGAAGGUUCGAGUACCCUCCCUGCUGCGCCACUCACUCCCAGCUCAGAAACCCUCUCCAAUGCAACGCCGUCUCAGGUUGUGCAAAGCUCCCCUAGUGUGAAAACCCCCUUGAGUGCGGACGCUGUAGAGCGCGCUCGUGCUGCUCUGCUAGACCCUGCCGUCAUCGCAAACUGGGACAAAAUCGUAGUCAGUGACUGGGACCCGCUCCCCGUCAGUCUCAUUCCAUUCCGGGGGGGCUUCGCAGACCGACGGGGGGUCGUUCGCUCCGCGCAGAACCCCCCCAAACCGCACCCGCUCACGUCGCUCUCCGCGCUCUACAAGGAUGUGGUCGCGUUGUUCGACCCUGCCGGAGUCGAUAGCUUAUUAGACCUCCGGCGAGACGAGGGGCUGUUAACACGACCGGAGUUGCUCGAGCUGAUAAAGAGGUUGGGAGAGGCAGGGGCCAGUGUGAAAAAGCCCCUGGCAGUCUUCCGGUGGAUGCAGAGACAGGAGGACGUAACGCUAAGGCCUACGGAGGCGAGUUACAGCGUCAUGGUCCGGUUGCUUGGGAAGCUGAACGCAGCGGACGCGGCAGUUGGGCUCAUUCGGGAGAUGGAAGCCAGCGGGUUGGAGCGAAACGUGCAGACGUAUAACGCGUUGCUGAGCGGGCUUGCCAAGCGUGGCAAGUUCGACGAGUGCUGGCACCUCUUCCAGCAGAUGCGAAACCGGGGCCCUGUUCCCGAAGUGUGGACCUACAACAACCUGAUUACAGCCGCAGCGUGGUGCCUCCCCGGGCGAGAGGCGCUGAAACAGGGCCUUUUCCUGCUGGCUGAGAUGCAAAAGCAGGGUCUCCGGCCGAACGUUUUUACGUACAACGCACUGAUGCAAACGGGGGUGAAAGCGAGGGACUUGGCCGAAGUGAAGCGGCUGUUUGAGGAGCUGCGGGAACGGGACUGCCGGCCGGACCUGGUGACGUUUAACACCGUCGUCAAGGCGUGCCUGGACAAACGGGACUGGGAGGGCGUGUUUGAGUACUUCAAAGCGAUGCCGGCGGCCGAGUGCGUGCCAGACGCGACGACGUACGACUGCAUCAUCCUGGCCUACACGCAGCAGCAGCGGUUCGACGAGGCGCUCUCCAUGCUAGAUCAGAUGCGGGAGGCGGGAUGCAGGCCGGACCUCCGGACGUACAACUCGCUGCUGCACUCGUGCGCGGAGGCUGGGGAGGGCGACCGUGCGCGGGGCCUCCUGCGGAGCAUGCUGCGGCUGGCGAUGAAGCCCACGAUCUUCCACUGGUGCUCGCUCAUGAACGCGUUCGCGAAAGCCGGAAGGUGUGACGACGCUGCGUCUGUCUUCAGGGAUAUGCAGGCUGCCAAGGUCGUGCCCACCAUAUACGCGUACAACAUCCUCUUAGACGCAUAUUGCCGAGCGGGCAGGUUUACCACUGCAGAGGGCCUCCUACGGAUCAUGCAAAAGAGCCCGUGCAAGCCCAAUAUCGUAUCAUACAACACGCUGAUAGGGGCAUACGCCCGCGCCAAGGAUCUAGAGCAGGUGAAACUGGUGUUCAGGGAAAUGCUCAAGGGGGGGUAUAGCCCGAACAGCCAGACGCAACGAGUUGUUAGCCAGGUGUUCUUAGACGCAAAGAAGGAGCGCGAGGCGACGCGGCUGUUUUGGGAGGCGAAACAGGCGGAGAAGCGGCGGAGACGGAUGCAGGUUAAGCAGCUAGAGUUGCUGAGUAGAGUCGUUGACCAAGGUGUAGACUGAGACACAAAAGCAAUUCGUUGAGGUGUCUUCCGGCAUGUGUAGGAUAUGUCUUAACUUUCAAUUGUAGCGUUCGAUGAAGAGGCUAGGUUGCCUAAGGUUUGGAGAUAGCAUGAAACGGUAAAGCGGGCUGACUGCAUACCUAGAAGUAUCCAAGCGAUCGGGUCCAUCAUUGCGUUAUUGGCGAAAUAAGCUUGGGGUGAUGGAGUUGCAGUGAGGCGGUGAAUGUACGAUGGCC